CUAACUAAAAAAUGGCCGUCGCAGCUGCGGUAUAAGUCAGUGCUGCAGUAUACGUGUUGAAGCGUUCAGUUUACUAUUGUAUCUCAGUGUUCGGUUAGUGUUCAGUCAUAUUUAUGCAAAGUCACUUCUUACAUUCGUAAUAUUGUCUCCAUUUCGCGUGUGAUUCAUUUAAAAUAACGGUAGAACUCAUUAAAAUGGGCCGUUCGAGAUCUAGGACAAAAUCUCCUAGUAGGCGGCGUCAUAAGAGUAAGCAUUCGAGAAAACGCUCAAAGUCACGAGAAAAACACUCGAAUAACAAGUACUCUGAUAAACCAAAAGAGCGUAGUUCAAAGUCAAGGAAGCGAUCGCACUCUGCGUCUUCUAGUUCGGGAUCAGAUGUUUCAGAUGAUGUACACAUUGUCAGUCAUAAAAAACGUUCUUAUAGAGACAGGGAUCGUAAAAUGGAUGAAGUAGAGAGAUUGGCAGAAAUGGAACGACAAAGGAAAAAGAAAGAAUUAUCGAACAAAAUCUUCACCACGAGUGCAGUUGGAAGGCAACGUGAAGUGGAGCAAAAAAUGGUUGAAGAAGAGGCUGCCAAACGUAUUGAAGAGCUUGUACAGAAGAGGGUGGAGGAAGAGUUAGAAAAACGUAAGGAAGAGAUAGAAGCUGAAGUACAAAGGAGGGUAGAAGAAGCUAAAAGGGCUAUGGAGCGUCAAAUGAUGGAGGAAAUGGAAUGGAGACAAGCAAAGCUUCGUGAGGAGGAGAAACGAAGAGAGGAGGAAGAGCGGAAGAAGCGAGAGGAACUAGAGAGGAUCAUGGAGGAAAACAACAGAAAAAUAGAAGAAGCUCAGAAGAAACUGGCUGAGGAAAGAUUGGCCAUGGUCGAACAGCAACGUUUGAUGGAAGAGGAGAGGCAGAGAAUGAGAAAAGAACAUGAGAAACGUGUUAAAGAGGAACAAAAGAAAAUCCUUGGGAAGAACAACUCGAGGCCUAAAUUGUCCUUUACCCUAAAGCCAGUUACGUGAGUCUGUAUCAUUUCGUGCAGUUUUACAUGUGAUUUUUAUACAACUUGUCGAUAUUUGGAAUCCUUUGUGUUCCAAUGGAACAAUCAUAAAAGCUGCGCGUACGUAAAAGUACAUAAAUGAAUGCAGCAACAAGAUCCAAAGCUCACCCGAAUGUAUAUCAAACGAUCAUCGAAAUCUGGCAAUGUUUGAAUUCUUUUAUUUGAUUAUGAUGAUCGAUAUACCGUGCUUCGCUGACAAGAAGUCAGCGUAAUUAUUGGUCGAAGCGGAGCAUGGUACGUCAAAAUUGAAUAAUUAAUUCUGUGUUUUGCCAGAUUUCGAGGUUCGAUACAGAUGGGAUCUGAACCUUGUUCGAGAGACCGACACCCCUGCUAAAAUACAGACAAGCACCUUCUUAUCCAGAGACAUAAAUAGUAUCAGUAUUUAUCCUGACAUAUGUUGUAAAUUCUCUCUUUUUUUUUUACGUCUAACGCAAUAGAAACAUUCGAUGAAGGUUCGCUUGAUCUGUUUCUGGCAGAAAGUGUGGUCUAGUCUAGUUAGGUAUGUUUUACAAAUUGCAGAUGCAAUUGAUACAAUACUACCGUUUCUCUGUAAUUAUACUAUACAGAAAAUAAUUUUAUUUCAGUUAGAUAUAUUAAUGAAUCACGAAUCGUAUUAAAGGUAUUCGCAUUUUGAGGUCGAUGGCAGUUGGUAACUUUGAGACGGUCAUAUUAUUAACACGACCAAGUAGAUUUUGUAAUAAAACGCAAUCGCAUAAAAGAAUUUUCUACGAGAAUAGAUAAUUAUGUGUAUCUGUAACACCAGUUUCGAGGCAAUAGUAAAAAAGAAGACUUACUCUAUUUUUCUUUGUUUUUCCUUCCUGUUUUUAGUAUAUUAAACGAAAGUUGUUAUGGGUCGUUCAUACAUCUAGAUUUUGUUACAGAAUUCGUUCAGAUAAAAACCAGACAAACUGUUCGUUUUUAAUUGAAAUCAAUGCAAAAAACAAUAUCGGUUUAAAGAAAAAAAA